AUGGCAGAACGACGACUGCAGGUCGGCAUGCUGGCCAGCCUCAACGACCUCCUGCUCCCCGCCAACGUCGGGCCCAAGCCCCCGAGGGCUGGCCCGGUGGACCACGAGCCGCCGCCCGGGCAGGCGGCGGCAGACGCGGAGGGCGUCGGCUACAAGGAGAUCAUCUUCGAGCAGCCCAUCGGCGCUGGCAGCUUCGGGGCGGUCUGGAGGGGCAGCUGCCGCGGGGACGUUGUUGCCAUCAAGGCUUGCAGGGUGGGCGAUGCGAAAGAGGGCGCCAUGCUCCUGCGAGAGAUCCGCUACCUCCAGAAGCUCCGGCACCCCAGGCUGGUGUCCUUCCUCGGCUUCUGCAACCGUCCGCCCCACAUCUACCUGCUGAUGGAGUUCAUGUCGGGAGGCUCACUGCACGCCCUGCUGUUCGGGCCCUCCGCGAAGAGGACCAGGCUCCCCUUUGCGAAGAAGAGCAGGAUGUCCCUGCAGGUCGCGGAGGGCCUUGCCUACCUGCAUUUGCUCAGCGUCGUUCACCGCGACCUGAAGACCAUGAACAUCGUGCUGGACGCCGAGCACAACUGCAAGAUCUGCGACUUCGGCCUCACCGUCACGCUGGAGAAGACGCACCUCACGGUCCGCCACGUGCAGGGUUCGCCGAGGUAUAUGGCGCCAGAGCAGUUCGAGUCGACCGCGAAGAUCACCGAGAAGGUCGACAUCUGGCAGAUGGGCUGCGUCAUGCUCGAGCUCUUCUGCAGCUGCGUGCCUUUCAAGGGCGCCACCGGCAUGCAGCAGAUCGCCACGGACCUGCUCGUCAAGCGGCGCGCGCCAGGCUGUCCGGCCGAGGCGGACCCACGCGCGCGCGUCCUCGUGCAGUCGUGCCUCCGCAUAGACGCCCGCCACAGGCCUUGGGCCGACACGCUGGUCGAGGCGCUGGCCUGCGUGCUUGCCGGCUGCGAGGACGCGGACCACACGCAGCACGCGUGA